AUGAUAGAUGAUCUUAGGUUCGUCUUGCAAGAGGAUUGUCCUCAAGCUCCUGCGCCUAACGCCACUAUGGCUGUGCGGAACGCCUAUGAUAGGUGGAUCAAAGCCAAUGACAAGGCCAAGGUCUACAUCCUUUCGAGUAUAUCUGAUGUACUUGCCAAGAAGCACGAGGACACAGUUACCGCUAAGGAGAUCAUGGACUCGCUGCAGAGCAUGUUUGGACAACCGUCCUCACAGGCUCGACAUGAAGCUCUUAAGUUCGUUUACAACUCCCGCAUGAAGAAGGGCUCCUCAGUGCGAGAACACGUUCUCAACCUGAUGGUCCACUUCAACGUGGCUGAGUCGAACGCGGCUGUCAUAUACGAGUAG